CGAGCUGCUGCCUGUCAGUACCAAUUGAGCCUCUUGCUUCCUGACAGGUAGUAGAAUUGUAAGAAGAUGGAGGAGUAUGAGAAGUUCUGUGAAAAAAGUCUUGCCAGAAUACAAGAAGCAUCACUAUCCUCAGAGAGCUUUCUACCUUCCCAGUCUGAAAGUAUUUCACUUAUUCGCUUCCAUGGAGUGGCUGUGCUUUCUCCACUGCUUAACAUUGAGAAAAGAAAAGAAAUGCAACAGGAAAAGCAGAAAGCACUUGAUGUAGAAGCAAGAAAGCAGGUUAAUAGGAAGAAAUCUUUACUGACUCGUGUCCAGGAGAUUCUUGAAAAUGUUCAGGUUAGAAAAGCACCUAAUGCCAGUGAUUUUGAUCAGUGGGAGACUGAAACAGUUUACUCUAAUUCAGAAGUCAGAAACUUGAAUGUUCCUGCUAUAUUUCCAAAUUGCUUUCAGAGCCCUACUGAACAUUCUAAUUUAGCAAAGCUUGAAAAGAUAGCUGGAAUUUUGCCACUGGAGAAUGAAGACCAAUGUAAAACUAAUGAAAUAGACUUAGCCAGAGAUUCAGAAGGAUUUAAUUCUCUGAAGCAAUGUGAUAGUUCAAAUAUUAGUCAUGCAGAAAAUGAAAUUUUUCCCAGGAUCUCUUCAGCAACCCCACAAAAGACUCUUAUUUCUGAUGGUUUCUUCUCAACAAAUGAAGAACAGGAUCCAUCAGUUUUGGCAGAAGUCACCCCAGAUCCCUAUAUAAUGAGUCUUCAGAAUCUAAUGAAAAAGUCAAAAGACUAUAUAGAAAAAGAACAAUCUAGACGCAGUCUGAGUGCAAAGAGAAGUGUUAAUGAGAGUCAUUCAGACAAAGAAAAUGAUGCUGUUAAAGUGACUGAGUGUGUAAAGGAGAAGGCCCAGUUGAUAGGCAAACACUGUGUUUCAGCUAUUCCUGACAAACCAAGCCUUAAUAAAUCAAAUGUUCUUCUCCAAGGUGCUUCAAGUCAAGCAAGCAGCAUGAAUAUGCCUGUUGUAGCUAGCUUUUCUAAAGCAGAUAUGGCUAUACAAGCUGGCCAUCCCACUGUUCAAGAUUCGGAUUCUGAUUUUAAAGUUGUUCCCACUUUUGUUACUGAAAAUAAUGCUAUCAAAAGUCUUACAAGUUCAUAUGCCAAAUUACCUAGUCCAGAGCCAAGUAUGAGUCCUAAAAUGCAUCGAAGGCGUUCCAGGCCAUCAUCAGAAUGUCAUAUACUUAUAAAUAACCCAAUAAAUGCCUGUGAAUUAAGCCCUAAAGGAAAAGAACAGGCAGUGGAGUUAAUUGUCCAAGAUACUGAUGAAAGAGUAAAUGUACCCGAAACUGUGCCAAAGUUACCAAUUAAUUUAGCAGGAGUUUGUUCAAGCAAGAUUUAUGUCAGCAAAAAUACAUCCGAAGUCCCUGAGGAUAUAGUUUUAGGUAAAUCAACAGGACAUCAAUUAGAAAAUAAAGUUAUUCAUGGACUUGCCACUGUGGAAGGUCAGUUAACAUCUGACGAGAGAGGAGCACACAAAAUAAACAGUACUUGUACUGCAAUGCCAAAAUUGCCUGAACCAUAUGCUUCCUCUCAAAACUUUGGAACUGUGAGUGGACUCAAGUCAGCCAGUAUGUUAGAGAAAAACUCAUGCAAUUUGCAAAUGGAGUUGAAUAAAUCUUAUGAUGUAAAAAACCCAUCUCCUUUACUGAUGCAAAGCCAGAAUACCAGACAGCAGAUGGAUACACCUACAGUGUCCUGUGGAAAUGAACAAUUUUUGGAUAACAGUUUUGAGAAAGUUAAACGGAGACUUGAUUUAGAUAUCGAUAGUUUGCAAAAAGAAAACUGCCCUUAUGUCAUAACAACUGGAAUAGCUGAACAAGAAAAGCAACAUUUGUCAGAAAAAAGAUACUCUAAGGGAUCUAUCUUUAUUAAUAAGAAUAAAAUGUUAGAUACUAACUCCAAAGAAAGCGAGGAGAUACUAAAAAACAAGAUGUUAGCUUUUGAAGAAAUGCGAAAGAGACUGGAAGAACAACAUGCCCAGCAAUUAUCACUACUCAUAGCUGAGCAGGAAAGGGAACAGGAAAGAUUGCAGAAGGAAAUAGAAGAACAAGAGAAAAUGUUAAAAGAGAAGAAGGCGAUCACUGCAGAAGCCUCUGAAUUGGACAUUAACAAUAUGGUAGAAUGGAGAAAAAUAAGUGACUCUGGUUUGCUAGAAACAAUGCUGUCUCAAGUAGAUUCACUCCAUACUUCAAAUUCACAUAGUUCUGGUUUCACAAAUUCUGCUGUACAACAUAGUUUUGGUUCUUCAAAUGAAGCACCAUUCUACCUCUGGGGGUCAUCACCUAGUGGCUUGACCAAACUCUCAGUAACAAGGCCUUUUGGAAGGCCCAAAACUAGAUUGUCUCAGGUUUUUAGUCCAGAAGUACAAGCAAAAUUUAAUAAAAUAACUGCAGUGGCAAAAGGAUUUCUUACUCGUAGGCUUAUGCAGACAGAUAAACUGAAGCAACUUCGACAGACUGUAAAAGAUACUAUGGAAUUCAUGAGAAGUUUUCAGUCAGAAGCACCAUUAAAGAGAGGCAUUGUUUCAGCACAGGAUGCUUCACUUCAGGAAAGAGUGUUAGCUCAGUUGCGUGCUGCCCUGUAUGGCAUUCAUGACAUAUUCUUUGUAAUGGAUGCAGCUGAAAGAAUGUCUAUUCUACAUCAUGACCGAGAAGCUCGAAAAGAGAAAAUGCUCAGGCAAAUGGAUAAAAUAAAAAGUCCCCGAGUGGCUCUUUCAGCUGCAACACAGAAGUCUCUUGAUAGGAAGAAGUACAUGAAAGCUGCUGAAAUGGGAAUGCCAAAUAAGAAAUUCCUGGUUAAACAAAAUCCUUCUGAAACAAGAGUCCUUCAGCCAAACCAAGGACAGAAUGCACCUGUUCAUAGGCUACUUAGUAGACAAGGAACCCCUAAGACAUCAGUGAAGGGGGUUGUGCAAAAUAGACAGAAGUCUUCACAGAGCAGAGUGCCUAACAGAGCGCCUGUUUCAGGAGUAUAUGCAGGAAAAAUCCAAAGAAAGCGGCCAAAUGUUGCGACAAUUUAA